UCGCGGCCUCUGACGUCACGCCUGGGCGCGCAGUUCAGUUUAAGCUGCCCCGGACGGGACCGUGGCCGGUGCGGGAUGUGGGCGCGCAUGAACCGCGCGGCUGAGGCGCUCUAUGCUCGUCUUCUGCAGGAAUUUAAUGAAGAAAAGAAAGGAGUCUGUAAAGAUCCAUUCAUCUAUGAGGCUGAUGUGCAAGUGCAGCUGAUCAGCAAAGGCCAACCAAGUCUUCUGAAAACAAUUCUAAAUGAAGACGACUCAGUGUUUCUUGUGGAAAAAGUGUUUUUAGAGAAGGAAGAAACGAGUCAUGUUGAAGAACCACAGUCUGAAGAAACUGCUAUUUCUGAUUUCUCUACUGGUGAAAAUGUUAGGCCACUGGCCUUGCCAGUUGGGAGAGCAAGGCAGUUAAUUGGGCUUUAUACCAUGGCUCACAAUCCUAAUAUGACCCAUUUGAAGAUUCAACAGCCAGUUACUGCCCUUCCUCCUCUUUGGGUGAGAUGUGACAGUUCAGAUCCUGAAGGUACCUGUUGGCUAGGAGCUGAGCUUGUCACAGCAAAUGACAUCAUUACAGGAGUUGUCUUACAUGUGGUCACUUGUAAAGCUGAUAAAAAUUACUCUGAAGAUCUGGAAAAUCUAAAAAAUUCACACAAGAAACGACAUCACUUGUCUGCGGUAACAGCCAGAGGAUUUGCCCAGUAUGAGCUGUUUAAGUCCACUGACUUGGAUGAUAUUGUCACCCCAUCACAAACUACAGUCACUUUGGAUCUUUCCUGGAGUCCUGUGGAGGAGAUUCUUCAAACCCCUCCCCUGUCUUCAACUGCAGCUCUGAACAUCCGAGUACAAUCAGGAGAGCCCAGAAGUUGUUUGAAUCAUCUCCACAGGGAGCUGAAAUUUCUCCUGGUUUUGGCUGACGGCUUGAGGACUGGUGUAACUGAAUGGCUCGAACCUCUGGAAACAAAAUCUGCUGUUGAAGUUGUGCAAGAAUUUCUGAAUGACUUAAAUAAACUAGAUGAAUUUGAUGAUUCUACAAAAAAAGACACACAAAAAGAGACAGUGAACCAUGAUGCAGCUGCAGUUGACAGAUCUGUGCUUAUCACAGUGCGAGAGGAUCUUGAUUUUGCUGAACAGCUUUGGUGCAAAAUGAGCAGCAGUGUGGUUUCAUAUCAAGACUUGGUGAAGUGUUUCACGUUGAUCCUGCAGAGUUUGCAGCGUGGUGAUAUACAGCCUUGGUUGCACAGUGGGAGUAACAGUUUACUAAGUAAGCUCAUUCAUCAGUCCUACCAUGGAGCCAUGGACAGUGUCCCUCUCUCUGGAACUACUCCACUUCAGAUGCUUUUGGAAAUUGGUUUGGACAAACUAAAGAAAGAUUAUAUCAGCUUUUUCGUCAGUCAGGAACUUGCGUCUUUGAAUCAUUUGGAAUACUUCAUUUCUCCGUCAGUAGCUACACAGGAACAGGUUUAUCGUGUUCAGAAACUCCACCAUAUUCUAGAAAUACUAGCCAUCUGUAUGCUUUUCAUUAAACCUCAGCAUGAACUUCUCUUUGCUUUAACACAAUCCUGCAUAAAAUACUACAAACAAAAUCCUCUGGAUGAGCAACAUGUUUUUCAGUUGCCAGUCAGACCAGCUGCUGUAAAGAAUCUGUAUCAAAGUGAGAAGCCACAGAAAUGGAGAGUGGAAAUAAGCAGUAGUCAGAAGAAGGUGAAAACAGUGUGGCAGCUGAGUGAAAGCUCCCCUCUAGAUCAUUCCAGUUUUCACAAGCCUGAUUUGUCUGAGUUGACACUGAAUGGUAGUCUGGAAGAAAGGGCUGCUUUCGUUAACAUGGUUACCUGCAGCCAGGUGCACUUCAAGUAACAUGUGCUGAGGGUCCCUGCAAGCACAAACCAAAAAAGAAGCCGGGAGAAAGGUAAUUUUCAGAGCCUAAAAAAUAGACAUUACAUAAGUUUUUGAAGCAGAAAAGAAGUGUGAUCCUGAAGAUUCUCUGAAAGAUGAAGGUGGAGAUGAGAUCCCAUCUCAGCUGUGGCUCCUGAGGAGGAGUGUUAGCAGCAGGGCAGCAAUGAGGAUGGAGAGGGCACAGACUGUGGGUACCACAAUCUCCGAAGCCACGUGCAUGUGCCUAAGCAAGGGCUCUGAAAUGGACAGAGAACAUUCCACCAGAAGUGAAUUUUGUUUUGAAGCAAAAACUAGAGAAGAGGUACCACUGUGGAUUUUUUGUUUUUGUUUUUAUAUUUUUGUGGGGGAGGAACUCUGUAGACCAGACUGACCUCCGGCUCACAGAUCCGCCUGCUUCUGCCUCCCAAGUGCUGGGACUAAAGGUGUGCGCCGCCGCCGCCGCCGCCGCCGCCGCCGCCGCCACCACCACCCAGUUUACCACUGUGGUAUCUAAUUGUCCCCAUUUUUUAAAAAAGGAACCAAGCUAGUAAAUCAAACCUAUUUUGAUUUUGUUUUGUUUUGUUUUUCUUUUGGUUUUUCGAGACAGGGUUUCUCUGUGUAGCUUUGCGCCUUUCCUGGAAUUCACAGAGAUCCACCUGGCUCUGCCUCCCGAGUGUUGGGAUUAAAGGCGUGCGCCACCACCGCCCAGCUCAAACCUAUUUUGAAAUGGUGUUCUGGGGGCAUAGUGCCGAGGCGGAGCGUUCACUUGGGUACACAGCGCUGGGGAAUCCCUACCAUCACAGAAAACUUACAUGAGAGCUGGAAGUGUCACAAAAUCUGGGAAUGCCUAGAUUUGGUUCUUUCACUGGAACUUCUGUGAGCCUAAGUAUGGAUAAUAUUUAUGCUGGCAUUAAUUUGAAAAUAUUAGCAUCCAUAUUCCAUGGAUCCUCUGGAUUUUUACUGAGGAACUUGUAAAAGAACCCUUUUGGCUGGCUGUGGUGGUGCAUGCCUUUAGUUCAGCACUGGAGAGGCAGAAGCAAGCGUGGUCUACAGACGGAGUUCCAGGACAGCCAAGGCUACAAAGAGAAACCCUGUCUCAAAAGAAAAAAAUAAAGAAAGAAAGAAUCCACUGGAAUCAUUUCUAGCUUUUUGAGUUUGUUAUUCUUGAUAUAUCUUAUAUACCCUUAAGAGAUGUAGGAAUGUCUAUAUUACAAUUGCUAAUGAUAAUUCUUAAGCUCAUUUUCUUUGUUGACACAAAAAUUCAUUAAAAACUUAAACAAUUAUUUGACAAUUCUUGUGUGGAUUAAAGAGCUAAGAGGUAUGUGCAUCAAUCCAGUAGGAGACCUUCAUGUAACCCGCUUUGAUUUGUCUACUGAGCACCCUGGACUGAAAUAAACAGGCAUGGCUAUG